ACCAAGAUGCAUUUCGCAACAGUAGCCAAAGGCCUCGUUCUCACUAAAUCCCACUCCCACACGCACUCCGACUCUACUCCCGCCGAUUCCACUCCACCUUCUGCACCCGAACCCGUCCCGCACAAAAUCAACAAAAUAACCACGCUGCCCGAAUUCGAGCAAAUCCUUACCGACCAUCACCACCGACGCGUUAUCAUAUUCUGCGUGACCACAACGUACCGAGAUCCCGACGUCGAUGAGGAAGGGUGGUAUCAUCACUAUGAGAAAUUGAACGACGUGCAUUUUGUGCGGGUGGAUUUGGAUGAGAGCGAGGAGUUGGAGGAGAGGUUGAAGCCGAGGGUGAGGCCUUGUUGGUUUAGUUUCCAUAAGGGGCAGGAGACUGGGUGGAGUAGUGGGGGGAUGAAGAGGUUUUUGCAGAUGCAUUCUGAGAGGAAGGGGUCGCAUUAGGUUUUUGACGAUGGAUAUUGUGGAUUUAGGAGUGAAGAAUGUGUGUUGAUGAAACGACCUAAGUCCGUGGGAUCGCACUACGAUCCUCGACGUGAUUGCAAAGACUGAAAACAAGGAAAGUUGGGGAUGGAGAUCCAACGCGGGGAGUAUGGGGACUUCUCCUCCUUAUGUAUGUUGAGUUUGAUGAUUGCACGUGUUCCUACUGCUUCUGCCGGCAAGUUCCAAGUUAAUGAAUACAUUUUU